AUAUGUGUAUAACUACAUACAUUAGCUACAAUUACUUAACUUAAAAUCCAAAAAAAGAAAAGAAAAAGAUAAAAAUGGAGACCAAAUCAUCAAGAAAUAACACAUCCGCUCUCCAAGUGGAAGAGGCGGCGUCACCGCUACCGGAGCAUACUCCGAUGUGGAAGCUUGUCUUGGUGGCGUCGAUUGCCGCCGGAGUCCAAUUUGGAUGGGCCCUGCAGUUGUCCCUCCUCACGCCUUAUAUCCAAUUGCUUGGAAUCCCUCACAAAUACUCAUCAUUCAUUUGGCUUUGUGGACCGAUUUCAGGCUUGAUCGUUCAGCCGCUAGCGGGCUACUAUAGCGACAAUUGCACGAGUCGCUUUGGCCGCCGUCGGCCUUUUAUAGCUGGCGGUGCAUUCCUCGUCAUCACAGCCGUCAUUCUCAUAGGAUUCGCCGCCGAUAUCGGCUAUGCCACCGGUGACCCCCUUGGGAAAACCUCUAAACCCCGUGCCAUUGCAAUUUUUGUCUUUGGCUUCUGGAUCCUCGACGUCGCCAACAACAUGUUACAAGGUCCAUGCAGAGCGCUGUUAGCGGAUCUCUCAGACGGGAAUGCGGAAAAAACAAGGUUGGCAAAUACCCUCUUCUCCUUCUUCAUGGCGGUCGGAAACGUCCUCGGCUACGCCGCCGGCGCCUACCCCCGCAUCUACAAGAUCUUCCCCUUCGCCCUGACUCAGGCAUGCGACGCCUACUGCGCCAACUUGAAGAGUUGUUUCAUCAUCUCCGUCUUGCUCCUCCUCACCGUCUCCGUCUGCGCGUUGACCGCCGUGAAAGAGAAGCGGCACACGGUGGAGAGCCACCAGGGGGAGGCGGUGCAGAGGGUGGCGUUCUUCGGGGAGAUCUUCGCCGCUUUAAAAAACCUGCCGCGGCCCAUGCUCAUUCUCCUCCUCGUAACCGCCCUCAACUGGAUCGGAUGGUUCCCUUUCAUCUUGUACGACACGGACUGGAUGGGCCGGGACGUGUACGGGGGCCACAUAGGGGACAAUGGGCUUUACGACAAAGGGGUCCACGCUGGGGCGUUGGGCCUGAUGCUCCAGUCCGUGGUCUUGGGCUUCAUGUCCAUUGGGGUGGAGCUGUUGGCCCGCCACAUCGGCAACGUGAAGACGCUUUGGGGUGGGGUUAACUUCAUAUUGGCCAUUGGGUUGGCGAUGACGGUGGUGGUUACCAAAGCGGCAGAGCACUCGAGAGCGUACGAUGGUAGCGGCAACGUCCUUCCGCCGUCUAUGGGCGUCAAGGCUGGAGCUUUGGUCAUCUUCUGCGUCCUUGGUAUUCCUCUUGCAGUGACAUACAGUAUUCCAUUUGCUCUAGCGUGCAUAUUUUCAAGUGAUAAUAAUGCUGCUGUGGGACUCUGUUUGGGCGUUCUCAACCUUUCAAUUGUCAUGCCACAGAUGUUGGUGUCAUUCUUAAGUGGACCAUGGGAUUCCCUAUUCGGAGGGGGCAACUUGCCGGCAUUCCUAGUAGGCGCCGUGGCGGCAGCGGCUAGUGGGAUAUUGUCAAUCACACUUCUCCCAAAACCACGUUCCGAUGUCACGAUUGCAAUGCCAUAGCCAGGCUUGGCUUAUACCAUCCC